UCCUGGAAAAAAGAAGAGCCUGGUUUUGUGUGGGGUCUUCAGCUUACCCCGCUGCCUCCCCACCCCCGUUAGUUGCCAGAGGCCCCCUGCCCCGACCCUGCAUGUGCCGGGGGUGCUCCUUGAGGGAGAGGAGUGACUGGACCCCGCAGGACCGGCCACUCCUGCCGCUCCUGCACGACCCCCACCCGCACCCAGGAACCUGCGCGGGGGGUCCUGGGGAACUCCCACACACAAGGGAACCCGCCACCAGAGCACGUGACUUCCUCGGCUGCAGCUGCAGCCCCGCCCCCGGCCCGUCCCCAUAAAAGCGCUUGUUCCCAGCCUCUCGGGGAGACGAACCUUCCCGCCGCGGCGGCCCGGCACGCAGGGCCCCCCAGCGCCCUCCCACCCGGGUCUGGGUGCUGGCUCAACACCUGUGACUUCACGUGUGUGCGCCCCCACAUUUGUGGUCACAUCAGCGCCACCGCUGCCCAGAACCCCACACCUCGGCAACGUCGUGGCCAUGAGCCCCCAACCACAUCUGUGGUCCCAACGCCUUUAACAGCUGGACCACACCAUCUAACGCUUCCCACCUGUGCUAACACCUGCCUGCCGGCCGUGACCACCCCUCCCCGCGGAGGGCCCACCUGCCUCUCCACGCCAAUCCUUUGCAGGGAGCGAUGGCCGUGGCUCCUGACAGGGGACCCCCGCGCCUGCUGUUCGGAGACUGGCUUCUGGGGGAGGUCAGCAGCGGCCGCUACGAAGGCCUGCGGUGGCUGGACGCGGCCCGCACACGCUUCCGCGUGCCCUGGAAGCACUUCGCGCGGAAGGACCUGGGAGAGGCUGACUCGCGCAUCUUCAAGGCCUGGGCUGUCGCCCGCGGCAGGUGGCCGCCCAGCAGUGGCGGCGGCGGAGGUGACCAGUUGGCCCUGGAGGGCGCACUCCGCGCCAGCUGGAAAACGAACUUCCGCUGUGCGCUGCGUAGCACGCAGCGCUUUGUGAUGCUGCAAGACAACUCGGGGGACCCCACUGACCCACAUAAAGUGUACGGGCUCAGCUCCAAGCUGGGGUGGAGAGAAGGUGCGGGCAUUCACCAGGGGGAGAAGACCCUUGAAGAUGCCCUACCCUUGAUGGGCGGGCUCCCUAGGCUCGGGCUGAGCCCUGAGCCCUGUGCCCCAAGCCACCUUUCUGGCCCAGCUGGCAAUGCUGAGGACCUCUUGCUCCAGGCUCUAAAGCAGAGCUGCCUGGAGGACCAUCUGCUGGAAGCUGCAUGGGGGGUGGACCCAGUACCCCCAGAGGCUCCUGACCCAGAGCUCCCAGACAUGGAGCCGUCCCUGCCAGGGGCAGUCGAGACAGCCCCCUGGCACCAGGCCCAGGUGACAGAUGCAGGCUCAGCCCCGGCCCUGGAGCCCUGGCAGCCCCCCCAAGAGGUGGAGCCUUGCCCCCCAGGGGCCGGUGAGCAGGUGCUGCUCAGGCCCAGCUGCUCACAGCCCGGACCACAGGCAGAGCCCAGCCUGAGGGCCCUGGAUGUGACCAUCAUGUACAAGGGCCGCACAGUGCUGCAGGACGUGGUGUGGCAUCCAAGCUUCGUGUUCCUGUACGGGCCCCCGAGCCCGGCUGCCACGGCCACGGAGCCCCAGCACGUGGCCUUCCCGAGCCCGGCCGAGCUCCCUGACCAGAAGCAGCUGCACUACACAGAGAAGCUGUUGCAGCACGUGGCCCCUGGCCUGCAGCUGGAGUUGCGGGGGCACGGGCUGUGGGCCCGGCGCCUGGGCAAGUGCAAGGUCUACUGGGAGGUGGGCGGGCCCCUGGGCUCUGCCAGUCCCUCCACAACCCCCCGCCUGCUGCAGAGGAACCAGGACACCCCCAUCUUCGACUUCAGCACCUUCUUCCGAGAGAUGAUGGAGUUCCGGGCGCGCCGGCGUCGGGGCUCCCCACACUACACCAUCUACCUGGGCUUUGGGCAGGACCUGUCAGCUGGGAGGCCCAAGGAGAAGAGCCUGGUCCUGGUGAAGCUGGAGCCACGGCUGUGCCGGGCACACCUGGAGUGCGUGCAGCGAGAAGGGGUGUCCUCCCUGGACAGCAGCAGCCUCGGCCUCUGCCUGUCCAGCUCCAACAGCCUCUACGAGGACCUUGAGCACUUCCUCAUGGAGGUGGAGCAGCCGGCUUGAGGACCAGACCCCUCUCCAGCCCAAUAAAAAGGACUCAAAAAAAAAAAAAAAAUCAAGAAUCCCACUGGUGUCCUGACCAGGGGUGGGCUCAGGGUUGGGGCUGGAGCUCAGAAGGGGCACCACAGACUUCCCGGGAGCCCACAAGACCUACAGGCCCAGGAAGGGAGGUGACCACCCCUGCCCCCACCCACUCUCCUCUGUCUUCACAAUGAAGAAACAGGCCACACACUUUAGAGCCAACAAACUCUACUCAAAGCAUACAAAACGCUCUGGGAACAGCAGACGUUUGCUCCUGGCAGCUGUGCUGGCAAGGGGCGGGCACCACGAACGGCUGACUCUGUGCUGUGUGCAGGGCCCCUGCCUUCCAGACCCACCAACACUGCGCUCUGGUUGGUGGGAGGCAGCAAACACGAGCGUCACUUACAGAGCGGAACAACAGAGAACUGGGGCAUGGCCUUCCCUUAUUACUAUAGAAAAUAAAAUCGGGCCAUCUGUGA